GCGGCGGCGGCGGCAGUUGGUCGCGACGGUGCUGGCGGGGACGGGACAUCAUGGCGGCCGCGCGGCUCGUGCUGCUGGGGUUCGCGCUGCUGGGCGUCGACGGAGCCUCCGGGGCUGCUGGCUUUGUGCGGGCGCCACUGUCCCAGCAGAGGCGGGUGGGGGGCCGUGUGGAGCUGCACUGUGAGGCUGUGGGCAGCCCAGUGCCGGAGAUCCAGUGGUGGUUUGAGGGGCACGGUCCCAACGACACCUGCUCCCAGCUCUGGGACGGCGCCCGGCUGAACCGCGUCCACAUCCACGCCACCUACCGCCAGCACGCAGCCAGCACCAUCUCCAUCGACACGCUCGCAGAGGAGGACUCGGGCACCUACGAGUGCCGGGCCAGCAACGACCCGGACCGCAACCACCUGACCCGGGCGCCCAGGGUCAAGUGGGUCCGCGCCCAGGCGGUGGUGCUAGUCCUGCAACCUGGGGCAGUUUCCACCUCCGUAGAAAACGUCGGCUCCAAGACGCUCCUCACCUGCUCUUUGAAUGACAACGCCACAGAGGUCACCGGGCACCGCUGGCUGAAAGGGGACGUGGUGUUGCAGGAGGAUUCGCAGCCUGGACAGAGAAUGAACCUGGAGGUGGACCCCGAUGACCGCUGGGGAGAGUACUUCUGCGUCUUCCUCCCUGAGCCCACGGGCAGGGCCAGCAUCCCGCUCCGAGGGCCCCCCCGAGUGAAGGCUGUGAAGUCGUCGGAACACAUCAACGAGGGCGAGACGGCCGUGCUGGUCUGCGAGUCCAAGUCUGCGCCUCCCGUCACCGACUGGGUGUGGUACAGGAUCACUGACGCUGGGGACCAGGUCAUCGUGAACGGCUCCCAGAGCAGGUUCUUCGUGAAUUCCUCGCAGGGCCGGUCCGAGCUGCACAUCAAGAACCUGAACAUGGAGGCCGACCCCGGCAAGUAUGCGUGCAACGGCACCAGCUCCGAGGGCACCGACCAGGCCGUCAUCACGCUGCGCGUACGCAGCCACCUGGCCGCCCUCUGGCCCUUCCUGGGCAUCGUGGCUGAGGUGCUGGUGCUGGUCACCAUCAUCUUCAUCUACGAGAAGCGCCGGAAGCCCGACGAUGUCCUGGAUGAUGACGACGCAGGCUCCGCACCCCUGAAGAGCAGCGGGAAGCACCUGAACGACAAAGGCAAGAACAUCCGCCAGAGGAACAACUCCUGAGCCAGGUGGCCUGAGGACGCUCCCUGCUCCCAUGUCUGCUGCAACUGGAGCCCACUCCCAGUGCUUGCAAGAUUCCAAGUUCUCACCUCUUAAAACCCACCCCAUAGAUUCCCACCAUACGCUUCCCUCUUCUUUUUUUUUUUCUUCCUUAAAAAGUAGGGUUUUGUACGUUCAGGAUUUCGUUCUUAGGUUUUUCCUCUUUAGCUGUUUCAUGAGAGCCCAGGGACUUGCUGCAGUCCCGUCUGUGGUUCUUUGAGCCUCUGGGUCUGAGUCGUGGCGGGGUGGGGAGGCUCGAGUCAGUGCCAAGUCCUUGCCCUUUGUGGGAGGUCACAGGUCACCCGACGGCCCGCGUCCUGCCUGUCUGAAGCCAGUGCUGUCCGGUCGCACCUUGCGCUUUGAUGUUUCACUUCCCGAAGGCCACAGGUCUGUGUGUGACUCAGCCUCAGGGACGACUCUGAUCUCUUGGCCACAGGGGACUCGCCUGUCCACGCUGAUGGCGACCCUGUCCUGGCCUCAGGUGACCCCCAACCCCUCUGUGUCUAUGCGUCUGGGGUCGGCUGUCUGGGCAGCUCUGGAGGGGGUUUGCCGGGGAGCUGGUGCUGUAGCCAGGACUCCAGAACCGCAGAAGCCCCUCCCCAGCUCGCCUCUUGGAGGGCGGCCGGCUCUUCACAGCGCCAAGGCUCACGUGGGAACCCGUCUCCCACCCACCACCACAAUAAAGAUGCCCCACCCUCACCCUC